GCCACACACGCGGGACGCUCGGACACUGACACGGAGUCUCGCACCUUUGUCACGAGAGGAGCAUGACCUGAACGCUAUAAUAGCUUUUGCUGGCACUCAUAUCAACGGUUGGAUUGGGCGUGUAGCCUUGACAGGGAGCGCCUGUCGAGUCGUUCGACGAGCGGACACACAAUCCGCCCUCGCGUAACCCGAGCAUGGACGUGAAUUCGUACUGUACGUUUGUUUCGCCACUCUCGAACCAGACAUCAUCGUGGCUCGAUGCCAGCCCCGCCGAUGAUGCGAAUGACCCAAUGCAGCGUCGUCCACCGAGGCGACGGCGUCUUUGAGCUCCUCCACAACAACGGCAUUGUGUACCGCGCUGCGCUACGCCGCCAGUCGACGCGGACCGCUGUCGUGCCCAUCUGCAAUGCCGACGAAAAGCGUGCGGUCGAGGGCCAGCUCCUUGGGUCCGUCGACGGUGCGUCGUACUGCGUCGUGCACGAAGACACACCCAUGACGAUCAUCUACUCGGCGACUUAUGGCCGGACGCCGCGGCGCAUGCACGUCGUGCUGGGCAACGCCGAGCUCGUCAACAAGCCGCCACGUUGGGUCGAGUCGCUGCAAGCGUUUGGCCUCAACUUUGACGGCCGCGUGCGCGUCGCGUCGGUCAAGAACUUUGUCUUGCUCAGCGGCGGCGCCGACGCCGUCAUGGUGUUUGGCCGAACACCAGACCGCAACAUAUACGUCUUGGACUAUGCGCCGCCGCUCACGCCGCUGCUCGCGUUCGCGAUUGCCCUCAGCAGCCUCGACGCCAAGUGCGCCGCCGUGAGCUAAUCGAUGAGUUUGCACUUGAGUGGAAAGUGCAAUUUCGAUUGCACUGUGUACAGUAAUUGGAGGCUCACGACGGCGGUGUGACGAGGGGGCACACACCGUACGAGCCGCCGAGUCCAUUGGUCCGUGUCGCUCAGCAUGUGUAGAAGCACGUGCGACGCCGCAUUAGGCACAAGUCGCGUCAGGUUUUUCUAAACCCGUUCACUGGCA